CGUUCCGCACUUCCGCUACCCGCCCCCACCAACCAAUCGCCGCCGCGUCGCCUCCUUUCCCCCGCCCGCCCGGCCUCCCCUCGGCGCCUCCUCGCUCCUCCCUCCUCGCCAGAAGAAGCCAGGCUGCAGCCGGAGCCCUCGAAGCCCCCCCAGCCUCCGUUCCUGUCCCUCCGACCCCGCGCCGCCGGCCCAGAUCCGCUCGCACCCCUAAGUCUCUCACUCGCCGCCGCUCUGCGGCGAAGGCGGCUGCCAGCGCGGGCCCAUUUCUAGGCGGGACAGCGGGCGGCGUUGUCGUUGCGCGGGGCGGGGCGGGGGGCCUAGCAGAUUGGCUGAUUUGAGCUGGUUGGUUCGGGUUCUCGGUCCCGUCGCGGCGCAGCGAUGGGGUGCUUCGCUUCCACGGCGAAGCGGCAGCACCCUGGCUACGAGGAUCCCGUGCACCUCGCCUCCCAGACCGCCUUCAGCGUUAGUGAAGUUGAGGCCCUGUUUGAGCUGUUCAAGAGCAUAAGUGGUUCAGUCAUCGAUGAUGGCCUGAUCAACAAGGAAGAAUUUCAACUAGCAUUAUUUAAAAAUCAGAGGAAGGAAAAUCUAUUUGCUAAUCGGAUAUUUGACCUCUUCGAUGUCAAGAAAAGGGGAGUCAUUGAUUUUGGCGACUUUGUUCGAGCUCUAAAUGUAUUUCAUCCAAACAUACCAAUGGAAGAAAAAAUUGAUUUCUCGUUCAAGCUAUAUGAUAUGGAUGGUACAGGGUUUAUUGAACGGAAGGAGGUUAAGCAGAUGUUAAUUGCUCUUCUAGGGGAAUCAGAGAUGAGGUUAUCUGAUGAUAUCAUUGAGACAAUCCUGGACAAGACAUUUUCAGAUGCUGAUGCGAAUCAGGAUGGGAAAAUAGAUAGAGCAGAGUGGGAGAGUUUUGUCACAAGAAAUCCUUCCUUGAUGAAGAUAAUGACUCUGCCAUACCUCAAGGACAUAACAACAACAUUCCCCAGCUUUGUGUUUAACUCUGAGGUCGACGAUCUUGUCACGUGACCACAAUUCUUCCAUAGAUGUAUAGUUGACGAAAGGUUUUGCUUUCCUUAAAGCGCAAAAAGGAGAAGCUUGGUACUGGACAUGGAGAUUUCUAGCUUAUUAUGAAGGAGGGUUUAUUUAUGCGGCUGCCAAGGAAGGUGUGUCAAAUCGGGAGCCAGAGAUUUACUCGACAAGUGUGGUAUUGUAGUUUUAACGCACGAUGCUGGUGCUUUUGUGUUGGUGAUUGCGAGUUAGUAGCAGUAUUAGAGAUGGAACAUUUUUCAUGUUCUUUUACCUGUGCUGAUCUCAUUUUAUUCGUGUCAAAGUAGUACUGCAUCCUACUCCAUCCAUUCCAAAUUGUAGGUUGUUUGACAAAUCUAGAUACAUAAUUUUUAUUAUGUAUUUAGACAAAGCAUAUAUCUAGGUUUGCUGAAAUGACCUACCGUUUGGAACGGAUGGAGUAUUUCAUUUUUGUGGUUGCAUACUUUUCACGGUUAAGCAACCGUUUCCUGCAUCACUACAUGUGAUAGCUUUUAGCCAAUUGCGGCAAAGAAGAUCUCGAGAUCAGCUUCUUGCAGUCUUGUGGUGUAUGUACGAUUUGACGUGGACCAGAUGGUUGCUGUAAUGUGCUGUUAAUACGUCAUAAAACAUACUGUCUUUGUUUCUUGAGGAGAU